AUGAGCUUUUCGUUUGGCUCUGCUCAUAGCCAAAGCAGCGCUAGUACCGCGAAAGCUGGUACAUGGGACAAGGCAGUACCUACCAACCCCGUACAAGAUCGCAUAAACAAUGAAUUGUGUGAAUACAAAACUAUUUCGAUCCGGCCGGAUUAUAGCAGCUUUAGCCUCGAGGAACACAGGCUCGAGGACUAUAAACACGGGAAGGGCCGUAAUGCUUUGCAAACUGUCAAUCCGAGUGUCCAGAGCUUUUUCGCGCCCGAUUCGACACUGUUAGUCAAGACAACAUUAGUUGACAAAGGGAAUAUGCAAUUACUUCAGGGCAGCGGAGUGGAGAUUCAAGUCGGAACAGAGACACCAUCAUCGAACGGGGAUAAGACCAAGUUAUUCAAGACAUGGUGUCUUCCCAUAAACUUGGUCUCGCAUUACUCGCCUUACCUAAAGGAGACCUGCUCCUCGAAUCUUCAGGAAUCCAAUAUGCGAAUUAGACUUCCUAACUAUCCACCUGAUGUAUUUGGCCUUUUCGUGGAGUGGAUGUACUAUGGAAGUUAUGAGUCCUCCUCGUCAGUAUCGAUUGAAAAUGCUGAUGCGAAAUGUUGGGUUCUUGGCGACAAGCUUCGAUCUGUCGAUUUCCAGAACUACGCAAUGCGUCGUCUUCAUGAACAGCACACAAGACCAAUCUUCGGACGACCGAUGACCUGCGAUGAUGUGCAGUACGUAUGGACUAACACUUCACCCGGCUCAAAGUUGAGAAACUUCUGUAUGCACUUUAUCGUGGAACACUUUGGCAGUCCAGCAAAAUUGCUCGGCUCAUCGACAGAUUGGGAUAAGCUCCUUCAAACCCAUUCAGAAAUUCGGAUUAUGUUAUUGGAUACGUUCAGGAAGAGCGUGUUUAUACCGACCCGUGUGGAAAGUAUCGAUGAAUACUUGGAGCCAAACAACUUGUCUUCCAUCUUUCCUUCGCAGGAGAAGAGCGAGUCGAUUCAAUUGGCAACAGGUGCAAAGACGGCAAAAGCACCGAUUUUCAACUUUGGUGGGAAGCCUAGUGAAAAGAAGAACAGUCCCCAGCAGAGAGAGCCUUUCCAGUUGGCUUCUAGGACAAAGAAUUAUGAAGGAGCUGCACUCAAAUUUGGAUGGAAACUUGGAGAAAUUACAGACAAUUUUCCAACGCCUAGCAUCAAAGCCUUGCAGCCAGAACAAGGGUCUACUUCAAAGCUCAAUGCCAAUGCCGUUCUGGGACAUGCGAAUCAAUGCAUUACAAGUGUUGGCAAGUCAGAUAACGUUGACAAGUCUUGUGAAAUUAAGAAGGAGAAAGAGCCUGCUAAAGGAGAAGUUAAGAAUACAAAGGAAUCGGGACUGGGCGAGGCUAGCUGA